UUAGUCGUAAUACAGCAUGUGAAGUGAUAUUCACUAACAGUCCCUUUACUAGUUGAGCUUGGUUAAGGUCACUGAAAUAGUCUCCCCACUCUUUUAGGAAGAAUAUUGUUUUGAAGUAGUUUAUCUGAAAAACCGACAUGGUGUUCCUGACGCUGUCUUGUUGGAUCAGAAGCCGUGGACCUGACGGAUAUUGGAAACACCAAGAAAUUCUCAAAAAUGCACGGCACUUCCGAGGCAGAAAGAACCGCUGCUACAGUCUGGCUGUGCGCGCGGUCCGGAGAGCUUUCGUCUACGCAACCUCGGCUCGAAGGCUCAAGAAGCGCAACAUGAGGACGCUCUGGAUCACACGCAUUGCAGCAGCAUCUCGAGAGCACGGCAUGAAGUAUCCCGCCCUUGUGCACAACCUCACCAAGACAAGCGUCCAGCUCAACCGACGUGUGAUCAGUGAUCUAGCCGUCACAGAACCUCGGUCGUUCCUCUCACUUGCAAAGCUGGCGCGGGCUCGGCAACAGGAAGGCUUUGGUGCAGCGUUGGGAGACGGCAAAGAGCCUUCUGGUGUCUUCUCUCGUGUUGUUUUGCUGCAGUAAAGGACUAUCCGCUGUGACAGAUAUCCAGUUGUUAAACUGGUGUUGGAUUGUGGAGCUGUUCAUGCAAUGGCCAUUCAGGCACACACACUCGCAUCCUUGAUUUACAACCUAACCCUAACCCCCUGUAAUGUAAUGCCACUAUACUAUAAGGGCUGCAUGCUUAACAACCCACAUAAAUGACCUGGGGUCUGUGACAUGAUGAGACUGAUGAGGAAGACUAUGACAUUAUUCACUUCCAGAUCUGUGUUUCUGCCUGUGCCUUGUAUAUUACAAGUCAACAAGCGAGUCUCACAUGGGUUUUCCACACAUAUCCUUGAUAGGAAUAUUUAUAGCAGAGUUGCCAACAGAGCAAUGUUCCUGAAGAAGAAAGGGAUGCUCAAGGACACUCCUAUGGGGUGGAUAAUAACUGUUGUUAAGUUCCUUGAUUUCAAGUUAUGUUCAGAGUAAAUUAGAUGAUAUUUUAGGAAUGAUCUACUUUUAUGUCAUGACCAGGAUGUGAUUAAAAUCUGAGAUGGCAUUUGACAGUAAAAACGAAUAGCAACAGAUUGUCCACAGACAGCCCUGCUUCUGCUCCAUUUACACAUUUCAAUCAAACAUCUCCAUAUGACAGACAGUCCCAACUAUAUUGUCUUCUGCAUAUGCAACUUUUUGUGAGGUUAUGAUUUGUUGCAGAUUGUGAGUUUUCGAGAAGAGAGGCAGAAUACUGACCUCAAGCUUUUUUUUACUUAAAGUGUUGUGUAAAUGUAUAAUUGACCAGUUGUUGCGGUGUGGUUACCCACCAAUGUUAAGUUCAUUAAACAUUUUGAUCUCUA